AUGUAUCGAUUCGUGAAUUUACCAAUUACGUCAGCUGUCAUUAUUGUCAAAGUGAACGUUCUGAAAUCACUCGUCUCCUUCCUUCCUUUCACUAACAGGCCACGUGUAGGGCAUCAAAAAGGUGACUACAAAAGCUACGAAAAUGGCGACAGAAGAGGUAACGGCGGAGGUGGUUUUCGAAGAGGAGGCUCCGGUAGGGGCGGUUUCGGGGAUAGUAAAUUCCAAAGAAACGACAAGUUCGAUAUCGGCGGAGGCAGUUUGAACAACAUCGAUUGGGGUACUAAAACCCUGCAGACCUUCAAAAAGGACUUCUACGAAGCCCACCCCAGCGUAGCCAAAAGGUCGCAGUACGAAGUGGAAAAGUACAGGAGUUCCAAAGAAAUCACUGUAGAUCAAAGCGCUCCGAACCCAAUACAAAAUUUCGACGAGGCCAAUUUCCCCGACUACGUGAUGAAGGAGAUUCAAAAACAAGGCUACGAGUUUCCCACGGCCAUUCAAGCGCAAGGUUGGCCCAUCGCUUUGAGCGGCGAGAACAUGGUUGGAAUCGCUAAAACCGGCUCCGGCAAGACUUUGGCUUACAUUUUACCAGCCAUCGUGCACAUUAACAACCAACAGCCGCUGAAGAAGGGCGAAGGACCCAUCGUUUUAGUCCUGGCCCCUACUCGAGAACUUGCCCAGCAAAUCCAGCAGGUCGCCUCCGAAUUCGGUAGCUCCUCCUACGUCAGGAACACCUGUCUGUUCGGCGGAGCCCCGAAGGGGCCGCAAGCUCGCGAUCUGUACAGAGGCGUGGAAAUUUGCAUAGCCACUCCCGGUCGAUUGAUAGAUUUCUUGGAAAGGGGCACUACGAACUUGGAACGGUGCACUUACUUGGUGUUGGACGAAGCCGAUAGAAUGUUGGACAUGGGUUUCGAGCAGCAGAUCCGCAAGAUCCUCGGACAAAUCAGACCUGACAGACAGACGCUCAUGUGGUCGGCGACUUGGCCGAAAGAGGUCAGAAAACUGGCCAACGAUUUCAUGCAGAAUCCAGUACAUCUUACGGUCGGAUCGCAGAACCUCGCUGCGAACCACAACAUCGUUCAGAUCGUAGACGUAUGUCAAGAACACGAGAAGGAAGACAAGCUAUUGGCUCUUUUGGAUGAGAUUCGCAACAACGCCGAAGAAGGUAAUAAAACGAUCAUUUUCGCCGAGACCAAAAGGAAAGUGGAGCACAUUACUCGAGGUAUUCGGGAGAAUGGUUACGAUGCAGUAGCCAUGCACGGUGACAAAAGCCAACAGGAAAGAGACUACGUUCUUAGGCAAUUUAGGAACGGUAAAGCGAGCAUUUUGGUCGCAACGGACGUCGCGGCCAGAGGAUUAGAUGUUGAUGGAAUUAAAUAUGUAGUAAACUACGAUUAUCCUAGCUCGUCGGAAGAUUACAUUCACAGGAUAGGAAGAACAGGUAGAUCUGACAAUACGGGAACUUCAUAUGCAUUCUUUACUCAAAAAGAUUCGAGACAUGCCAAAGAUCUGGUGUCUGUUCUUAAUGAAGCAAAACAGAUGGUUAAUCCAAAAUUAGCUGCAUUGGCAGAUAGGUCUCAUGGAUCUGGUGGAAAUAGAUAUGGAAGAUGGGGUAACGGUAGCUUCAAGGGAAGAGAUAACUUCAGUAAACCAUCGCACACCAAAUUUAAUAAAAGAUGGUAAACAAAGUUAGAUAUAAUUCCUAGAAGUAAUUUUUCCUCAUCAGUAUUUGAGGCUUGUUUUGACAGAAAUUAAAAUAGGGUAAAUGAUACUCUGUGAUAUAAGCUUAAAAUAUUUUGUAACAUUUCCAUCGAAAAUAAAGACGUUCGAAUCAGA